UUCGUUUAUGUGUGUGCUUCCUGCGCUGCCAUCAAACGUGAAAAUCGUCAACAAAGUAGCAGCUCAUUAACAUCUAUUUUUUGGAUUUAAUUAUUGUAUAUUCGUGGACCAGAUACGCUUGCGGCCGAAACCAGUGUCAUCCACAGCCUUAGGAUAAUAUGUCGAUAACCGAUUUCCUGAAAGAUCUCCCCUGCCACAAUGAGGAAAACUUUUCGCUGUUUAACACGGAAAACGGCGUGAAGACAUCCUCCAAGAGACCUUCGGUGUACAUCCCGACGGUGGACAUUCCUUCGGAACAGGUGAUAGUGACUGAAAAAAAGAAUAUUCUUCUACGUUAUCUUCAUCAACAAUGGGACAAAAAAAAUGCGCCCAAAAAGCGGGAACACGGAAACGAUGGCUCCAACGAUACCCUCAGGAAACGACCCCGCCUGGAACCCCGGGAAAACAACAACACGUAAACCUACAACCACUUCUGUCUUUCUACCGUUUCUCGUAUCUGCCAGUGAAACAAAAUGUCGCGUGAAAAAAAAUCAAUGCCAACCAAUCCAAGAAAGGAACAUCUAUGAAUGACACAGCGUUCCGACCAAUAGAAAACCUUUUUAGACUUCAUGACAGCCCAAAGUAGAUUUAGAGAACUAGGGAAAGGGGUGUUAAAUAUUGUUCAAUAAAUGCUGGGUCAUUUAUUUUCGUUUCUGUCUGAAUAAUUGAAAAGCAUCAUGGAACUUUUUCACCAUUUAUUUCGAAUCCGAAUCAUUUAAUCGACGAUUGAAUUAGCAGUUCGUAAUAACAAAUAAAACCAUACGCAGAAAAUAGAAUCGCAUUCGAGAAUCUUUCGAUUGGAUGAAGCAUCUUAGAAUCAGAUCCACGAUACCUCCGAUUAAUUCGCCGUGGUUUAUUGAGUUUGGGUUCAAAUUAGCGCGCAGCAGUUUUCACUUCCGUUGCCGCAUAGGAGCAGCAUCUUCGAAAUUAGAUCCUAAGUUUUCUUUAUGUUUCUCUACUUCGGUUUGCACUUGUUUGUCACCGUAAAUAAUUUUGUGCAAAGUAUCUGUAAUUAGUAUUGUGUAAAAUAAACGAAUAAUGAUGAUGUAUUCUUCUUCCAAGAA